AUGAACCAGCACAUCCAAUACAACAACCCUCGAGCUUCAGAGGCACUUACCAAGAAGGCUACCGAGGUGGCCAUUAUGGCAAUCACCAAGAUAGUAACCAUUGCCACCACAAUCUUUACAGCCAUUAUUAUCAAUAUUCCUGUUAUGACCCCAACUACUACUACAACAACAAUCCCUACCCACCCUAUCAACAACAUGCAUAUCGGACGUAUGCCUUCCUAUACUUCGGAAACUGCGUCAACCACGUCGCCAACUCCUCUUUCCAUCCACUUGGAGCCUGAGCAGCGCCAUCUGUCUCUAAGCGCAACCUUCGCGAUCCCGAACACUGAGUUUCAGUCGGUCAAGGACGAAGAGCCCAGUCGUGUGUCAUCUGAAGGGGCGCGACUUACUGAGCAAUCGAACAUACAGACGGCGUAUCUUUCUAUAACAUCGAGAUCUACCUCCGAGUACCCUCUUCAGACAUCCGCCAUCGAUUUUAUCCGUGUCAACCAGGCGAAAACACCUACUGAUACUGGCGAUUCGUCAGUGGAAAAUGGCCACCAUCCUCCAGCUGAACAUUGCUACGAGUCCACCGUCUCAGACGACAAGGCUCUUGCCAACAUGAUGGCCACACACUUUCGCGCCACCACCGCCUUCAAGAACGCCUGCAGGCCUACAAUCAAACCUCAAGUUCCAAUGACAGGCCUAAACGAUAUCACGUCCACCCCGCAGCUUGUUUAUUGCAUUACUUUGUUGCUCAACAACUCCGAAUCAGUACUCCAUGGCGAAAGCGUAAAGAGGCCUGUUGAUUUGAGUAAGAGGGAGGGCAGAUGGCUGCGAGGUGCGAGGGAGGAUCCAGAGAUACAGAAAUACCUUUGUUCGCUGACGUCGAUGAUGGUGUGGGCAUUUGUCGAUGCCCGUUCCCAGUGCCCUGAUCUCACUGCCGAGAUAGUACUCCUUGGUCCUGUACUCAACCGCGACGAUUAUCACACCCUGCUCUCCCACUUUAUCAAGUCUCUCAACCAUGCACGCUGGCAAAACAUCGAAUACCUCCGGGGGAUGAUUCGUUUGGUCCAGUCUGCCUCUCCUGGGGUCCUUGCAGACGACGACGUGGACAAGAUUCUGACGGCCAUUCGGGUACAUUUAGGGAUAACGACGAAAGACUAUCACCACUUGGUCUUUGCGGCCACGAAGGUCUUGGGAGUGAUGGCGAGCGGCAUAGCCAAGGACUUGGAUCGACAGCGAGAUUACCGACCUCUUUUGGAUGUUCUGCAUGCCACAAGCUGCAAGGACAGAUCGCUCGAGUUUCAAGUCGAAUGUGCCCGUCAGGCCUGUCUGUAUCUCUCCGCUGACGAGACUCCUUUGCGAAAGGUCCUGUGCUCUGCCCACCUGGCCACAACUGACGUCCCUAUGAUCGAUGAAGUAUCUACGUUGGAUGUGCAAUCUGUCAUCGCCGCGGUGGAGCAUCUUCGUCAUGUAUCAAGUACCUCCGCGAUUGAUGUUGACGUUGUCAUAACCGAAGUCAAUAGAGCGCGUGCGGGGGUCAUAGCUGGUAGCGACGCAAAGGUUGUCAAGGAGGCCGGCCAUAUCAGACAAAAAGAGGCUUGGUAUCCUGCCCUGCAAGCAGCGGAGACAUUCGUCCAGCAUGGCCGACUGGUUGAGUUCAGUCAGCUAGUUUGUGACGCCUCGUGUCGUUAUGAUUUGAACUUUCAACGUGGUGCCUGUCAGAUCAUUGGAGAGAUUGCCAUCGACCCUCUUUGGACCGUUGCCAGCAGGCGGAGCGCUAUUGAUUGUCUCCUUGGGCUGUAUCAUUUGCACGGGGCCGACAUCGAUUUCGAUACGGGUCACAACAUCAGACCAUCGAUUGUCGCCAUCCUCCGCCAUAUUUCCAACAUGAAGCAGUCCGACAUCAAGAAGUACGCCAGCACGCUACUGAGCGACUUGCCAGGGAAAGACUCUUGCAACCUCCAGAUCUUUCACCCAUGGAUGACCCGAUUACCGUUGCCUCCAUUUUACCGUCUUCUCCGUCGCGCUCAAGCCAUUCCUCAAGAGGAGACCCAACUGAGGUAUCUGCGACGUAUGCGACUUCAGGAAUGCCUCCAGCCCAUAUAUGUCACCCUUCAAGCGACAUCAAGCUGUGGAGCCUCCAGAGAUACACCUUGUUCAUUAAUAACCACCAUGCAGGGAUUCUUGAAAUCGGAUCGCCUCGUGUAUCUUCUUUUGGGGGAAUCUGGGUCAGGAAAAACGUCAUCGUGCCGACGCCUGGAGCGGGAACUCUGGGACGACUACAAUAACGGCGGCAUGAUCCCAAUAUACAUCGACUUGUCUUACAUUGACACCCCAGAGCACAAAUUGAUCGAAACACAGCUACACACCCACGGCUUUUCGGACGAUGAGAUCCAGCAACUGUUGCAGCAUCGACAAUUUGUGAUCAUCUGUGAUGGUUAUGAUGUACGCCGCCUCACGACAAACCUCUUCAAGACCAAUCAACUAGGCCAAUGGGACGUCAAGAUGAUCAUCAACUGCAGGAGCACUUUCCUCCCUAGCGACUACCAAGGUCGAUUUCGCCCUCAUGGACCCGACCACUAUUUCGACAAAUCGGCGAACCUUUACGAGGAGUCAACCAUUGCGUCAUUAUCCGAGAGCGACAUCAAGGAAUUUAUCCAGCAGUAUGUCCGAGAUCUACCCGCGCAGGAGCCCUUGGGCAGGCUGCAUCUCUCGAUUGCAGAUGACUACUGGAACGCCUUGGCCGCCAUACCCAAUAUGGUGAACGUGGUCGAGAACCCGUUUCUAUUGACGCUAGCGCUGAGGAAUCUCCCGUCAUUGUCGCACGAUGCUUUGGAUCCCGCCAGGAGAGAGACCACCCGAGAUCAACUCUACAACAACUUUGUCAACAGCUGGAUCGACGCCAACAAAAAGCGACUUGAUUCGACUAUACUCAGUCAGGAAUCUUCCGACGCCUAUGAUCUCUUAUGUGACCCCAACUUUCGAUGGUGUGUAAGAGACUUCUUGAAGAGGUUUGCGACAGCGAUGCGGAAACAUCAGAAGAACCGCCUAGUUGUGAAAUACACAGAGCGUGAGGACAAGAAUUCCUGGAAGGCGGAGUUUCUCGGAAGAGCUAUCGAGGCGACACUUCUGCGCGAGGCCAGUCCCCUCACAAAAACAGGGAAUCACCACAGAUUUCUCUAUGACUCUUUGUUCGUCUUCUUCCGGUUUCUGGCAGCAUAUGACCCCUUUGAAGACGAUGACAGCCCCAACAACAACGAUGACGAUGACUCCUUUGACGGUCAAGACGGCUUCCACGACGAUGGGGACUUGACUGACGGCAACACUGGUUCGAGUGGCGGAAGUGACGGCUCGGCUGACGAUAACAACCGCUCAACUGGCGAUAGCGACCGCUCGUCUGGUGGAAGCGAUAGCCCAACUGAUGGAAAUGAUAACCCAACUGGCGGAAACGAUGGCUCAACUGGUGGGAACGAUGGCCCAACUGGCGGAAACGAUGGUUCGACUGGUGGAAAUUAUAGCUCAACUGGUGGAAGCGAUGACCCAACUGGCGACAGAGUCGAUUUUGGUGACAGCCAUGGCGGUACUAGGAAUGGCAGCAGUUCUGGCGGAGGCAAGGACGCUUCUGAGGAGGACAAGGGCGGCUCUCGCCGAUCCAAGGACGUUUCUCGCUCCAAGAAGAAAAGCAGGUCCAAUAAGCCUCUUCUUUCCACAUUAUUCUCGGAUGUGAACUAUCUCGAUGAUCUGGAAGUAUUGGAGUUGCUGGUCGAGCGCGCCCAAGUUGAUUCACGCAUGAGGAAAUGUCUUUUCACGGUCAUCGAACAGUCCAAGUUGUCGACUGCUCCCAGUCUUGCCGCAGCUAACUCCAUCACCAUCCUGUUCAAGGCCGGAGAGCGAUUCCUCAAUAUCGAUCUGAAUGACGUACGGAUACCGGGGAACUACAUCUUGAGGGAGGCCCUGGAGUUCAUGGAGACUGAUCUCGUGCACAUGCUUUGUCGACUCGCUAUGCCGAUCCUCAAACACUCUACCACUACAAUUAUGACUCCACUUGCCGAUGUCAACUUCGACCCCACAACCCAUGGUCCCAUUGCCCCACCCCCGACACUCGUCAUCCUCGAAUCCCAGCAACAGAUCGGAUCAGAAUACACGAGCAAGAUGACUGCACUUGCCGAUGUCAACUUCGACCCCACAACCCAUGGUCCCAUUGCCCCACCCCCGACACUCGUCAUCCUCGAAUCCCAGCAACAGAUCGGAUCAGAAGACACGAGUAAGAUGACUGUCUCUGCCCGGCAUCUCCAACACCAUGCGCUGGUGCCCGAGUUUGUGUCUGAAUAUACCCUCGGCGACGAGCUCGGUUAUGGCGGAUCUUCAAUUGUCGUAUCUGCCACGCGCAACUCGGACCAAAAGGAGGUCGCGGUCAAGUUCAUUUUCCGGGAAAAGGUCACCGUUCAUGGGUGGGUCAAGGAUCCCGAGCUUGGUGUGAUCCCCGUGGAGAUUUAUAUCCUCCGGAAUGUUGCCCAUGCUAAUAUCAUUGGGUUCUUGAAUGUCUACCAAGACCACAAGUACUUUUACUUGGUCAUGGAGAUGCACGGUACUCCCUGGUCCGCCAUCAAUCCGCUGUUGAAUAACAUGCAGGGAUCGAUGAUGGGCACGGUGGUUCAGGCGACCAUAAACCAAAGAAAUGUCGCUGUUGCUGCUGUAGACCCUUCUGCUACCAGAUCCACGUCAACUAUAAGUUCAGGAUCGUACCAGGACAUCUCUAUAUCAUCCUCCUCGUCUUCCUUAUACCAGGCGACAGGCAGUAGCGACAAGGCACACCAACCUGCUAAUUCAGCCCUUCUUGCCCACCGCGCCUCAUGUGAUCUCUUUGCGUGUGUCGAGUACCACUCCAGGUUCACCGAGACGCAGGCCCGUGUGAUCUUCAAGCAAAUUGUCGAGUGUGUUCACUACCUCAACUCGCGCGGAAUCUGCCACCGCGACAUCAAGGACGAGAACUUUGUCAUCGACAAUGACCUUCGGGUCAAGUUGAUCGACUUUGGAUCGGCUGUGAUCAUCCCCAAACCCCAGGGCAAGCUAUUUGAUCGCUACUAUGGGACCAUUGACUAUGCCUCCCCUGAGAUCCUGAGGGGCGAGAAAUACAGGGCAGAGGCAGCGGAGAUCUGGUCUCUUGGCAUCCUCUUCUACAUCAUCCUCUACGGCGAAGUGCCAUUCAGUGACCCCGUCCAGGCCAUCUCUGGACCUUACACCCUGCCCCGCGUAAGGUCUUCAGGCGAGUGCUUACACUUGCUCAACUGGAUGUUGGCCAAGAAGCCCGAACGGCGUGCGACCAUUGAGGACGUUGCCAACCAUCCAUGGAUCGUCGGAGUAAGCAUACCCAAUGUGUCGUGA